GAGGGGUGGAUUCUGAUGAACAGAUAAGCUCUGCUGCCUGUGGCUAUGGCUUCACCCUGCUGUCCUCCAGGACCACAGACAUCACCAAAGUGUGGGGCAUGGGGCUGAACAAGGACUCCCAGCUGGGCUUCCAGAGGAGCAGAAGGGACCGAGCCAAGGGCUACGAGUACGUCCUGGAGCCCUCGCCGGUCCCGCUGCCGCUGGAGAGGCCGCAGCAGACCCGAGUCCUGCAGGUGUCCUGUGGCAGAGCCCACUCCCUCGUCCUCACCGACUCCGAAGGAGUUUUCACAAUGGGGAACAAUUCUUAUGGACAGUGUGGCCGAAAGGUUGUUGAAGAUGAAACUUACAGUGAAAGCCAUCUGAUUCAUCAGCUGAAGGACUUUGACAGCAGAGUUGUCCAGGUGGUGUGUGGGCAGGACCACAGCCUGUUCAGGACCAGGAGGGGCACGGUCUAUGCCUGUGGAUGGGGGGCUGAUGGACAGACAGGUCUAGGACACUACAACAUCACCAGUGUUCCUACCAAGCUACAAGGUGACAUUGCUGGAGUAAACAUUAUCCAGGUCUCCUCCUAUGGGGACUGUUGUCUGGCUGUCUCAGAUGAAGGAGAUGUUUUUGGCUGGGGAAAUUCAGAAUAUUUGCAGCUGGCAUGUGUCACAGAAACCACACAGGUGAACGUGCCCAGGCAUUUGCCAUUCAAGGUUGGGAAGAUAAAGGAGGCUGCGUGUGGAGGCACUGGCAACCUUGUGCUGACAGAAGAAGGAAAUGUGUUUGUCUGGGGAUAUGGAAUCCUUGGGAAGGGCCCAAAGCUCCUGGAGACAGCAGUGCCAGAGGUGAUCCCCCCCAGCCUCUUUGGCUGCUCAGACUCCAGCCCAGAUGUCCGCGUUGCUCACGUGCGCUGCGGCCUCAGCCACUUUGCUGCACUUACAAAUAGAGGAGAACUGUUUGUAUGGGGCAAGAAUCUAAGAGGGUGCCUGGGCACUGGAAGGAUGGAAGACCAUUAUUUCCCCUGGAGGGUGACCGUGCCCGGGGAGGUGCUGGACGUGGCCUGUGGAGUCGAUCACAUGGUGAGCAUGGUUAAAUCCUUCACCUAG